AAAAUUUCCAACUUACAACAAUGAAGUUCAUAGUAGUGUUAGCGAUUGUGAUCAAUGUUUCUGUAGUACUAGGAGUUAGCAUUAAAAACCCCAAAGGUGGAGAUGAUGACUGGAUCAUUGUUGAGCAUUCUACGGAAAGUGCACAAGCCAUGGCAGCUAGAUCAUACCAACAAUCCGAUUGUUCCGAUGCCGUAGAACGUAGAUCUAUAGCUACCUGUUUGGCAAGAAAAACAGUCUGGACAUGGGAUGUCUUAGCCAAUAAAUGCGUUACCGCUUUCUAUACAGGAUGCAACGCCACCAAGAAUAAUUUUGUAACUGAAGCGGAGUGUUUAAGAGUGGCAAAACCAGUUUGCUUCAAUCUUGUAAACCGUAGAUCUUAACAUAAAUAAAAGAUUGUUCAAAUUAAUAAAAACGUCAGUUUGUUU